AUGGCGGCGGCGGCCAGAGUGUCCUUGAGGCGCCGGUUCCCGGCCGCGGCCCUCGGCGGGGCCUGCCUGCAGGCCUGCCGAGGGGCCCAGACAGCUGCUGCCACCGCUCCCCGAAUCAAGAAAUUUGCCAUCUACCGAUGGGAUCCAGACAAGACUGGAGAUAAACCUCGUAUGCAAACCUAUGAAAUUGAUUUGAAUAAAUGCGGUCCUAUGGUGUUGGAUGCUCUAAUCAAGAUUAAGAAUGAAAUGGAUUCUACCUUGACCUUCCGAAGAUCUUGCAGAGAAGGUAUCUGUGGCUCCUGUGCAAUGAACAUCAACGGAGGCAACACUCUAGCUUGCACCCGGAGGAUUGACACCAACCUCAACAAAGUCUCAAAAAUCUACCCUCUUCCACAUAUGUAUGUGAUAAAGGACCUGGUUCCUGAUUUGAGCAACUUCUACGCUCAGUACAAAUCCAUUGAGCCUUAUUUGAAGAAGAAGGAUGAAUCCCAGGAAGGCAAACAGCAGUAUCUGCAGUCCAUAGAAGAUCGCGAUAAACUGGAUGGGCUGUACGAGUGCAUCCUCUGCGCCUGCUGUAGCACCAGCUGCCCCAGCUACUGGUGGAACGGAGACAAAUACCUGGGACCUGCUGUUCUGAUGCAGGCCUAUCGCUGGAUGAUCGACUCCAGGGACGAGUUCACGGAGGAGCGCCUGGCCAAACUGCAGGACCCCUUCUCCCUCUACCGCUGCCACACCAUCAUGAACUGCACCAGGACCUGUCCCAAGGGGCUGAAUCCAGGGAAAGCUAUUGCUGAAAUCAAGAAAAUGAUGGCAACCUACAAGGAAAAGAAAGCUUCCGCUUAA